AUGAGCCGACACUACUUCAACCCGCCUGGUCACGACACCACUUUCUCUACACCGCUGCAAGCCAUGUACUGGAACGGAGUCUACUAUCCUAACUGGCGCAUCUAUCGCGACCAGCCACCCGUGUCGCUGAACUACGAUGUCAUCUCGCACGUUUUCUAUGCGUUUGCCUGGGUGAAAGAUGAUGGAACUGUCUACCUGAGCGAUGAAUGGGCGGAUGCUCAAAUCGAGGUUCCAGGCACUGACGACAUUCCUGCCACGAAGGGCUGCCUGAACUCCUUUGCUCUAUUAAAGCGAAAAUACACUAGACUACGGGUUGUAUUGUCUGUCGGUGGAGGCGGGAAAGGCAGCGAGCCUUUUGCUGGUGUAGCUCGAGACCCUGCAUGCCGUGAGCGUUUCGCUCAGUCGUCGCUGGCACUGGUACAGCAGUUCGGAAUCGAUGGAAUCGAUAUCGACUGGGAGCACCCUUCAGAUGCCAGUCAAGGUCAGGAUUACAUCGCUCUUCUGGCUAUACUUCGCCAGUACUUGCCAGCCCCUCAGUACACUCUCUCUUCGGCACUUCCAGCGGGCGAAUGGGCCCUUCAACACAUCAACCUGGGACAUGCUUCGCACUAUCUGGACAUGAUCAACCUUAUGGCUUACGACUACUCUGGACCGUGGGUCAGCAAGUGCGGACAUCAGGCUCAACUAUUCACACCACACAUCCCGCACAGUCCCGAGGCCGCAAUAUCCUGCCAUUCAGCUGUCUCGUAUAUGAUGCAGCAAGGUGUCCCAAGACACAAGAUUGUCAUGGGUGUGCCAGCAUAUGGCCGCAGUUUCACCGGAACCCGUGGUAUUGGCCACUCGUUCUCUGGGCAGGCAGGAGAGGAGGGCACAUUCGAGUACCGAGAUCUACCACGUCCGGGUGCGGAAGAGCACGUAGACGAGCAGCUGGGCGCGGCCUACUGCAUUGGUGGUGACGGAGGCCUGGUCACAUACGAUACCCCGCACACAGUCAGAAUGAAGGCCAACUACGUGCGUCAAAACGGACUAGGUGGACUCUUCUAUUGGACCGGCACAGGGGAUGCAAGCUCGCUCACACAGAAAGACCGCAGUUUAGUGUACAACGGGUUUCUGGGUCUCUUCCCGCAAUAG